CAACGAUUUGACGUGUUAUUGGUUACCAUAGCAACGCAAGCACAACACCAAGCUUUUGCAAACUUUCUGAUAGGAUUUUUCUAAUAACGUAGAAAAUGAGGAACUGAUAAGAUAUACAAUAUGUCAGUGUUAAGUUUAGUGCCAGAAGAGAAACGAAACCAAAGGGGCUCGGUGGAGAGUGUGUACAGCAGCAGCUCGCGCCUGACGCUGCUGGCGAAGCGCAAGCGUGCGGGAGCGGGCGGUGUGGGGGGAGCGGGGCGAGCGGGGGGAGCUGGGGCCGGCGACAUGGCCGCGCGCGACCGCUUCGUGGCGCAGCGCGUGCUCUCCGCCAAGACGCACCGCGUCAAGCAGCUGCAGAACCAGCUCGCCGACGCGCACUACCACCUGCAGGAGCUAAGCAACGAAAAUAAAAUUCUGCGCGCUCUUCAGAAGAAACAGGAAAUAGCUUUACAAAGAUACGAGAACUCGAAUGCGGAGUUGCCGCAGGUGCUGAACGCGCACAGCGAGGAGCUGCGCGUGCAGCACGCCAGGUACAAGCAGCUCAAGGCGCAGUUCCGCGACGCGAGCGCGCGCCUCAAGGAGCGCGACCUGCAGCUGCAGCAGCUGCGCGACGAGCACCAGCACUUGCUCGACCUCAGCAAGGACAAAAAUCUUCUCGAACGUGAGAAACUCCAAAAUCAAGUGGCAGACCUGACGGCGAAGGUCCAACAGCAGAAUGAGACCAUCAGCAUGUUGCAGCGACGCAUCGCACUCGAGGCGAAGAAUUUUAAGCACCAACUUCAGAACGAGAUCAAUAAACAUAAAGACACAAGACACGAUCUCGACCUUGCCAUAAGCAACGCUGAUAAGCUAUCGACUAUAAUUGAGAUGAAAGAAAAAAUGAUCAGUACAGUUGCAAGUCGUGGGGGCGGCAGUAAGUCCCCAACUAAAAUGACGGCUAUUCCUCAGUUCGCUAGACCUCUGAGCAAGCCUUCAAAAGAAGGUAGCAAUAGAACUAACGACGACAGGAGCAUGGAUCAAAGCCUCCUGGCGAAGCUGUGCGAGGGCUCGCGCACGGUGAGCAGCGCGCUGUCGCAGGACGACGACACGGGCUCGUCCCCCGAGCCGCGCUCGCGCCUCGCGUCCUCCCGCGCGCUCACGGCCAGCUCGCGCAGCUCGCCCCCCGCGCCCCCCGCACACACCGCCCGCUCGCCCGACAUCCUCGAGCUCGCCAAGACCGUGCAGGACGGCAUGGCCGACCUCGCCAUCGUCGACGACGUAGACCUCGCGAGCGCUCCUCCGGAAGACGUGCAGAAGAAAAUGGAGCUGAUGAAAACGCAACUAAUGAAUCAAAUUAUAAAGAACGAGCAGCCGCCGUCGCGUAAACCGAGCGCAUUAAGGAGAAAGUCGACCGAUGAGGCCAUCGAGGAGCGCGUCGUGGAGGAUAUCGAGCGUCCCAAAUCUAGGGGCAGGAGGAAUUCGACGGUUUCAUUUUUUGAGACGUCGAAUGCGGCGACGAUUUCGGGCGGGACGAGCGAUCGUGGCCCCGGGGACGACGUGGACGAGUUCAGGCCGAGACGCGAGAGUGGCGCCGCGGAACGGAAGCUGUCUGGAAAAUCUGUCGAUAAAUAUUGUAAAGACAUCUUUCAGGACAUAGAAAAGAGUUCGAAGGUCAUCGACGUCCACAUGAAGCGAUUGAGUCAAUCGAGGUUCGACAGCGACAAACUAGUGGAGCAGCUACACGCGGUCGAUAAGAUGAACGAGUUGGUCAACGCUCGAGGCGACAUACCGGACGAGGCUCUGUCGGAAUUGAAUAACAAUUUUAAAUUAUUAACCGAUCACGUGUUUACAGAAUCUGUACCGUCCACGAGAAAACGUUCAGUUUCCGGUCGCCGCAACUCCAGAGUUGAAAGCAGAAGUAAUUUACUGGGCGAUGCGAAUAUGAGUAAUCAAGAUCUUCUCGAUGACUUAUUGGGAAAGAAAUGAUAUUCAUUUUCGAGGCCUGAUAGUUCUCAGGUCCCCCUAGGCGAUCUCCGAUACUUGAAUAGAAUGUAAACUUCCGAUUUUAUAUUGGUACAAUAAUAUUUCGUGAUUAACCUUAGACAAUAUUAAUUUAAUAAUUAAUUAGACAAUUUUAACCGAUCUAAAUGGCGUACCUUAGGAGAAGCCUAUGCCCAACAGUGGGCGGAGAAAAGCUGGAGACAGAGAGAGAGAGAGAAUAUUAAUAAUUAAUAGUCAUUUUUAGAUAAAUUUAUAAUAUGGUACAGAAUAUAAAUAUUCAUUGGAGAUACCAUACAUGUAAAUUAAUUCAAAAUAUCAUAGGGUUAAAUUUUAACAAGAACUGAUAGAGGUAUGUAAAAUAUAUAAAAAAAAAUAUAGAGUUCAUGUCUCGCUUUAAUAAUCUACACUAAAAAUUUUUAUUGUGCCAUUUAAGUGAACUAACGACUAUAGUGUACUGCAGUAGUUACGAAUUAUCUGAUAUUUAUGAUUUUUAAUUGUUUUGUUCAACUAUAGUUGUUUUUCGAUUUGAUUGUUUUUAUCGAAUGGGAUAAAAUAAUCGUUUACACAAAAAUAUAGCAA